GCCGGAGGAGGUGUACUUGUAACAUGCCUAGCAUGCAGCUAUCUUUUAGGGUGAGGCAGUGCCGCGCUCCGCCCCCUUUCAUUCUACUAGCUACUUACCUCUACCUACUUCUAGAGGUUCCUAGAAGUAUGUAUUGAAGAAGCAGGUCAUGGAAUAGUCAGGUACCUAGGUAGGUAGCUAACAAAAAUAUGUGUAUCCUUCGGCUAUAGAAUGCAAGCUCCUCGCCAUUACUUAUGAAUUUUGGUUCGGUUCCUGUUUCCUCAUCUGCCAGCACCUCCAGACGCCAAAUCUUUAUUUAUUCGUCAUAGCGAUAUUGCUCACAAAAUCUGCUCUUCCAUCUCUAAUAUCAGGUCUUGUGAUACAAGCAGGCAUAUAUCUCCUCACGAAAAUCACAACGAGAUGCAAGCAAAGCUGAUGAAACAAUGUACCUACCUCUAGUUUACCUAUAAUCUACCUACCAUGUCCACAAUACCUCAGGACAUUCCGUCCCCUGACACCAAUUCCGUUGGCACAGUACGACUGGUUUUCUCAAUGGAGAAGCCAGAGCAGCCGGCCGGUACAUAUCCCAAUCAGAACAUGACCACGAAGCGCACAAAGCGUCUGUGGACUAUGUGGAACAGGGUAUUGGGGAGGAAGCCUCCCAAACAACAAGACCGGCCGAGUACUCCGGACACGGGGAUUCUGGUCAUCCGAUAUCCCAUUCAAGGGACGCGGAGGAUACAUAUGAGGUAUAUGGAGGGGCAAAUAGAAGUAAUGUCUGGACAGUCGGAUAAGCUCAAGAAAGUCUACAUUGCCGAGCACAGAGACAGCAAACGAGAUCAGAUCGCUGUCAAGCUCAACGGUGUUCCGAUACGAAGUGUUCACAACUUGGUGGAUGGAUUUCGGGUCACAACGACCAAGCCAGAAGAUGCGGAAACGCUUCGGAAAUUCAUCGGCUGCGGGGUUGUACUGGAUUGUGUCCUGGAAUGUAUUCCACCGGUAAUGCCCAAGGAGGCAAACCCAGUGUUGAGCGGGACCAGGUCCUUCAUACCUAAUCCUAUGCAAUCCCAGGGGACAACCCCAGAAUACACGAGAUCAUGGUGGCGACGGUGGAAGUCAUGGUGGAGGCUAUGGUGGACAAGGAAGAGGAUACAGUAAAGCAUGAUAUCUAGAUUUUCAGUAGUUAGACACGGCUUGUUGAGGAUGCGAUAGCAAAAAACCACCAUUUUUGUUGGUCAUGCGGCCCUGAUGGAAUGAUUACUAUAGCAUGCCGCCUGAUGACCGCCCGUGCCCGUUCUCGGGUUCUGAAUUGUUAUUAAUUAGCAUUAGUUUUAG